AUGGAAAAUAGUGGAAGCGAAAGGGAAAUAAUGCAGCAGGACACAGAAAAGGUCCCCUCACACCAAACCGCCAGCACUAAUACUGGAGAAGCUCCAAAUUCAGUUGCGGUGGAUUGGGAUGGUCCAGAUGAUUCUCGAAAUCCGCUCAAUUGGCCGGUCUGGAAACGAGUUCUACUCGUCGGGACGAUCACAUGCGUCGUUUUCUCAACAUCAAUAGCAUCAUCUGCGAUCGCACCCGCAGUACCCCAGAUACUGAAGCAUUUUAAUUCGAGUAACGAAGAGCUUGGAACAUUGAUCGUCACAAUCGAGCUCCUAGGUACGGGCGUUGGUCCAAUGUUGAUGGGCCCAUUAUCUGAAAUAUUCGGGCGUCGCAUCAUCUACAACUGCGCAAAUAUCGGAUUCAGCGCUUUCUCGCUCGGGUGUGCCUUAACGCCGUCCCUAGCUGGUCUGGUAAUCAUGCGCUUUCUACAAGGCUGCUUUGCAUCAUGCUCACUCAACAAUGCACCAGGGACGAUAUCAGAUCUUGUCCCAGUACAUCGAAGAGGCUUCGCGAUGUCCAUAUACUCGAUGGGAUUUCUGCUUGGCCCAGCAGUUGGACCUAUUGCUGGCAGUUAUUUAGCUGCUGCUGCUGGAUGGAGAUGGGUAUUUUGGCUACUACUUAUCUUUAAUGGUACCAUGGGUAUUAUCUGUGGUAUUGUUUAUAGGGAAACAUACGCGCCUGUUCUCUUAGAACGACAAGCCGCAAAACUUCGGAAAGCUACCGGAAAUCCAAAUAUCUUUCCUAAGGGACAAUCUAAAGUACCUCCAACGACCCUUUUGAAACGAGCAGUCAGUCGACCUGUCAAGAUGUUUCUUUUCUGUCCCGUUGUCACUGGCCUGGCAAUAUACAACGCAAUUGUCUAUGGGUUCACUUACCUUCUAUUCUCUACAUUUUCCGUUGUCUUUCAAGGACAAUACAAUUUUGCCGAAGGAAGAUUGGGUCUCGUUUAUCUUGGUCUUGCAAUUGGCUUUUUGGUCUCUAUCAGUAUUGCGAGCUAUACCAACGAUAAAACUUAUCAACAUCUUACAGCAAAGCACGGCAUUGCAAAACCAGAAUAUCGUUUAGACUCAUUGGUCUACGGAGCAAUUGCCAUUCCUGUCGGGUUCUUCAUCUAUGGCUGGACCGCAGAAAAGCACAUUGACAGUGCUGUUCCCAUAGUAGCGACUGGUCUGGUGGGAUUCGGUGUCAUGUUCACAUUUAUACCCUUCAAUGUGUACAUGAUUGAUGCAUACACAAAGUAUGCUGCCAGUGCCAUUGCCGCAGGAAAUGUACUGAGAAGUCUCUCUGCUGCUCUUUUGCCUCUUUUCGGUAUCCCACUUUACAAUAAGCUAGGAUAUGGUUGGGGGAACUCUCUUUUGGCAUUCAUCUCCUUGGGGCUGGGUGCAAUGUGUUUGGUGUUCCGCAGAAACGGUGAACGGUGGAGAGAGAAGUUUUCCAUUCAACUCGACUGA